GAUUGGGCAGGAUGAUCAAGCGAUUCGGCGGCGGCAGCUGGGUUGUGCUUGCGGCCUGUGUUGCGAUGGUGGUGCCCUGGCCGUUGCUGUGUCUGGGCCUGGUGCUUUGGGCAGCUCGCCUGUAUGGAGACCCCCGCACGGCGCCAAGGGUCCAACUGAACUUCAAAGAGCUGUUACAGACAGGGACAGCACGACCACUCAACUUCAUGCUCAACACCAGCGAUUUCCGCAUUCUGAUGAUGGAUCAGGAUCAGGACCGGAUGUACCUGGGAACCCGGGAAUACGUGGUGGCUCUGGACAUGCACAACAUUAACAAAGAGCCUCUCAUUAUCCACUGGCCAGCUUCGGAAUUUCGUCGGGAUGAAUGUCGAAUGGCAGGGAAAGGUCGGGAUGGUGAGUGCGCGAAUUACAUCCGGCUGAUCGAGCGCUGGAACCGGACCCACCUGUACACUUGUGGCACGGGGGCCUUCAACCCGACCUGCACCUUCAUCCAUCGAGGUUGGCGUUCUGAGGAUUACAUCUUCCGGCUGGUCCCAGGACAGUUAGAAUCAGGGAAGGGCAAAUGUCCCUACGACCCCAGGGAGGAGAAUAUGGCAGCCCUAAUCAACGGGAACCUGUAUGCCGGAGUGCACAUAGACUUUAUGGGAAUGGAUGCUGCCUUAUUCCGGAGUUUGGGAAAUCGUCCAGCAAUUCGUACAGAGCAAUACGAUUCCCGAUGGUUACAUGAUCCCAUCUUCGUCCGGGCUCAGCUGAUCCCGGACAGUGCCGAGCGGACUGACGAUAAGCUCUACUUCUUUUUCCGGGAGAAGUCCAGCGAGGCCGGGAGUGGUCAGUUCUAUUCCAGGGUGGGCCGUAUCUGCCUGAAUGACAGUGGGGGCAAGCGGUCUCUGGUCAACAAGUGGACGAGUUUCCUCAAGGCGAGGUUAGUCUGCUCGGUGGGAGGAGUGGACGGCGUGGAGACACACUUUGACCAGCUCAGAGAUGUUUUUAUUCAGCCGAGUCAGGAUGAGAAGAAUCCUCUUAUUUUUGGUGUUUUCUCCACAUCCGGCUCCGUGUUUCGUGGCACUGCUGUCUGUGUUUACUCCAUGAUGGACAUUCGCACCGUUUUCAAUGGUCCCUUCGCUCACAAGGAAGGCUUAAAUUACCAGUGGGUGCCGUACUCUGGGAGGGUCCCUUAUCCCAGACCAGGAGCGUGCCCGGGGGGGUCCUUCACCCCCGGGAUGGCGACGACCAGGGAUUAUCCGGACGAGGUGACACACUUUAUCCGCUCGCACCCUCUGAUGUACAACCCUGUGUACCCGCUCCACCGGCAGCCUCUGGUCAUUCGCACCAACGUGGAUUAUAAGUUCACCACCAUCACCGUGGACCAGGUGGACGCAGUCGACGGCCGCUACCCGGUGCUGUUCCUCGGGACAGACCGGGGCACCGUGCAGAAGGUUAUUGUGCUACCCAAGGGUGAUCAGGAGAUUGAAGAGCUCACACUGGAGGAGGUGCAGGUUUUCAGGUACCCGGCGGCUGUCAAAACGAUGAAAAUCUCCUCGAAACGGCAACAGUUGUACGUAUCCUCGGAUGUGGGAGUGACCCAGCUGACUCUGCACCGAUGCGCCCGAUAUGGCCUGGGAUGUGCUGACUGUUGUCUGGCCCGAGACCCUUACUGUGCCUGGGACGGAGAAGCCUGUUCCCGCUACACCCCCACGCUGAAGCGGCGCAGUCGGAGACAGGAUGUCCGGCACGGCGACCCCUUGAGGCAGUGCAGGGGCUACAACAUGAAAGUGAGCAGGAUGAUUUCAGAUACAGUGCAGUUUGGAGUGGAGGGAAGCAGCACAUUCCUGGAGUGUCGGCCACAAUCACCCCGGGCAACCACCAAAUGGCUUGUCCAGCAGGAUCGGUCUGCUCGAAGGAAGCUGCUGCGUCGGGACAAGAGGUUCCUGAAGACGGACCACGGCCUGCUUGUCCGCUCGCUGGAGCCCCGGGACACUGCCAUCUACCACUGCGUGACCACCGAGAACAGCUUCAGCCACACCGCCGGGCGGGUGGACCUGCGGGUCCUCGACAGGGCCGCCGUGGACGCCGCCUCUUGGAGUCCCGGGCGGGAGCCCCCCGGGGAUGCCCUGCCGGUCCGGGAGAGCCGCCCCGGGUCGCCCGCUGGUGGCAAACCCCCUCGCCUCCAAACCGAAGCCGGAGCCAUUAACCAGUAUUGCCAGGACUAUUGGCUAGAGAUCAGACGCUCUCUGAGACCAAAGAGGGCCUCCUAG